AUGGCGACCGGGGCGGGCGGCGCUAAGAUGGAGCCUGCUUCCUGCGUGGAGACAAUCCCGCUCCCGAAAUGCAACGCGCUGUUUACGCUGCGUUUCCUCCUCCCCGGGAACGUCACUGGGCUAGGCGGAAGGGACGGGGCGGGGCAAGCGGGAAGGGAGAAAGAACGCGGUGGCGUCAGCGCGUCGCGUCGCCACGCCCCCUUUCUCACUCCCGCGCCACGCCCCCUUCUAGCUAGGCCCUGGAGUGAGAGAUUUUUAAGCAAACACUGGGAGAUGAGGAAACAGUUGCAGGAUGAGUUUGGAAGACAUGGACUCUCACUACAGUAUUCACUAUUAGAUGUUCAAAGGCAUAAAAUUGCAGGAAGAAGAGCAGGAACCUCCUUGUUCCUUGAGACAGAGAGCAAUAGACCCAGACAAGAAGGACCCCUAAAGAUCCGUCUGACUCCAGGACAGAAUGUAGAUCAACUCGAUGCUCCUGCUAAUGGUGCCUACGGACAACCAGCAGGAAUGAAUAAUUUAUUUAUGGACUAUAUUUGGACUCUUAUGGACUGUGGAUGGAGAAGGACAUCUGUGGUCAGGGUCAGGAAGAGAACAUGUUUGGAGCCCUGGGUUAUCGGUCUCAUCACUUUCCUAUCCUUGAUCAUACUCGCAGUGUGCAUUGGGCUCAUUGUUCAUUACGUGAGAUACAAUCAAAGGAAGACAUACAAUUACUAUAGCACACUGUCAUUCACAAGUGAAAAAUUAUAUGAUGACUUUGGAAGAGAAGCUUCUAAAAGUUUCACAGAGAUGAGCCAGAAAAUUGAAUCAAUGGUGAAAACGGCAUUUUAUAAUUCUCCACUGAGGAAAGAAUUUGUCAAGUCUCACAUUAUUAGGUUCAGUCAAGAAAACCAUGGGGUGUUGGCUCAUAUGCUGCUGAUUUUUAGAUUUCGCUCUACUGAAGAUCCUGAAGCCAUAAAUUACAUGAUUCAAAGUGUUCUACAUAAAAAGCUCUAUGAUGCUGUAGGACCUCCUAAGUUAGAUCCUGAAUCAGUUGAAAUUAAAAAAAUCAACAAGACAGAAUCAGACAACUUUCUGAACCACUGCUGUGGGACAAGAAGGAGUAAAACGACAAGAGAGAGUCUCAGGAUAGUUGGUGGAUCAGAGGUAGAAGAAGACGAAUGGCCUUGGCAAGCCAGCCUGCAGUGGGAUGGGGUUCAUCGCUGUGGAGCAACCUUAAUUAAUAGCACGUGGCUUGUGAGUGCUGCUCACUGUUUUAGAAGUUAUAAGAACCCAGCCAGGUGGACUGCUACCUUUGGAGUAACACUAAGUAAUCCGAAAAUGAAACGGGACCUCCGGAGGAUAAUUGUUCAUGAUAAAUACAAUUAUCCAGCCCAUGACUAUGAUAUUGCAGUCGCAGAACUUGCUAGUCCUGUUCUCUACACAAAUGCAGUGCACAGAGUUUGUCUCCCUGAUGCAUCCCAUGAAUUCCGCCCAGGUGAUGAGAUGUUUGUGACAGGAUUUGGAGCACUGCAUGAUGAUGGUAACACUCAAAAUCAUCUUCGGCAAGUACAGGUGGAACUCAUAGAUAAUAAAAUCUGCAAUGAACCUCAAGCUUACAAUAAUGCAGUAACUCCUAGAAUGUUAUGUGCUGGUUAUUUAGAAGGAAAAAAAGAUGCAUGCCAGGGUGACUCUGGAGGACCACUGGUCAGUUCAGAUUCUAGAAAUAUCUGGUACCUUGCUGGAAUAGUGAGCUGGGGAGACGAAUGUGGACAACCCAAUAAACCUGGUGUUUAUACUAGAGUGACUGCCUUUCGGAAGUGGAUCACUUCCAAGACUGGUAUCUAA